UACCCCGAGGCGGGGUGACGCCCACAGUCACUUCACAAGGCAGAAACUGUUACCUGGGCAAUAAAAGACUCCGCAGGGGCAGGGACCCGGGAGUGGGCACAUGGGGGUGCGGGUGUGCAGGUGCCAAGCGCCAUGGGUUAGGCCCGAGAUUGGAGUCCGGCCGCCCUCCGACAGCAGCCGCCUCCUGCUCCCCGCGCGCCCCAGGCGCCACCAUGUCGGGCGACAAACUUCUGAGCGAACUCGGCUAUAAGCUGGGACGCACGAUAGGCGAGGGCAGUUACUCCAAGGUGAAGGUGGCCACGUCCAAGAAGUACAAGGGCACGGUGGCCAUCAAGGUGGUGGACCGGCGGCGCGCGCCACCUGACUUUGUCAACAAGUUCCUGCCCCGCGAACUGUCCAUCCUGCGGGGCGUGCGGCACCCUCACAUCGUGCACGUCUUCGAGUUCAUCGAGGUGUGCAAUGGGAAGCUGUACAUAGUGAUGGAGGCGGCUGCCACCGACCUGCUGCAGGCAGUGCAGCGCAACGGGCGCAUCCCCGGGGGUCAGGCGCGCGACCUCUUCGCGCAGAUCGCCGGAGCUGUGCGCUACCUGCAUGACCACCACCUGGUGCACCGUGACCUCAAGUGCGAAAACGUGUUGCUGAGCCCUGACGAGCGCCGAGUGAAGCUCACUGACUUUGGCUUUGGUCGCCAGGCACAUGGCUAUCCUGACUUGAGCACCACCUACUGCGGCUCGGCUGCCUACGCGUCGCCUGAGGUACUCUUGGGCAUCCCAUACGACCCCAAGAAGUACGAUGUGUGGAGCCUGGGCGUCGUGCUCUACGUCAUGGUCACCGGGUGCAUGCCUUUCGACGACUCAGACAUCGCUGGCUUGCCCAGGCGCCAGAAGCGCGGCGUACUCUACCCCGACGGCCUCGAGGUGUCCGAGCGCUGCAAGGCCCUGAUCGCUGAAUUGCUGCAGUUCAGCCCGUCCUCCAGGCCCUCAGCGGGCCAGGUAGCGCGCAACGGCUGGCUGCGUGCUGGGGAUUCUGGCUAGAAGCCGGGGUUCCCGCCAUUUACGCCGCCCUGAGCACUGCGCAAGCGCAGCGCACGCGUGCGAGGCGUGCUUCCGUACUCCGGCGAAGCCGACACGCGCCACUGCGCACGCGCAUACCCCUUCUCCCCCCCUCCCCCCCCCCCCCCCGCCACUUUUCCUUUCUCUGGAUGGUUGGGGCUGCAGUCGCCCCUGUUUAGAAUCUAGCUCCUCUCCCUAUGAUCCCAAGAGCAAGAGGGCGCAAGCGCUUCCUCUCUUUCCUAAGAGAAGUCCCCGGGAGGGGAAGGGACGAGAGGAAUCGGAAGCAUUGCGCUAGCGCGGAAUGAGCGAUGGCUGCAGACAGGCCGUGGCUACUUGGAGGAGCUGCCAGCGAGUGGACGCGUGUGAAGGGCGCCCUCGAGACAGCCGCGAAUGCGUGUGAGGGACCGCAAGCUCCCGGCGCUGCCUCCUUGAAACUUGCAAUAAAGUCGCUCUUUCUCGCA